UUGACAGAAAAAAAGAAAAAAGACGGAUAAUUUUUAAGUAUUAUUCGUCAUAAUUAGAUAAGUUGUUUUCGUUUUAUAUUUUUAUUUUUGACAAGUUACUUUGUUAUUGGUUAAGAUCACCGUUUCCGUCUUUUUUGUGCCAGUAAAGAGUGAAAGAGCAAGGUCAAGCAAAGAAAAACAAAAAAAAAAAAAAAGAGUUUUUAUAAUUUCUGUCGUUCCAAAUUCUCAAACUUUUCCACUAAUUAUUGAAUUUCUAAGAGAACCCAGAAAGAGAAAGAGAAAUGGCAGCGAAAACUAUAGCGGUUGGUGAAGAUGAGUUGGUAGCAUGCUGUGGAAGCACCAGAUUCGCUCAAGAAUUGGCAAAGGCCUCGCCUUUCUCGUCUCUCGAGGAGGCCAUCGCCGCCGCACGUGAUGUCUGGUUCAACAAGGUCGACGUCAAUGGCUGUCUCCAAGCUUUCUCUGCUCAUCCACAGAUUGGACAACAAACCCCUUCUUCUUCGGCUCAUCCAACCAGUGCCCAAUGGAGUAAAGGAGAGCAAUCCACUGCUUUCGCAACUGCUACUACUUCUAGCUUACAGCAACUGGCUGAAUGGAAUGCUCGCUAUUAUCAAAAGUUUGGUUUCGUGUUUCUCAUAUGUGCAUCCGGGAGGAGCACUGAAGAAAUACUUGCUGAAUUGAAGAAACGAUUUCCAAACAGGCCUAUAGUUGAGUUCGAGAUUGCAGCUCAGGAGCAGAUGAAAAUAACAGAGCUUCGUCUUGCAAAGCUUUUUUCUUCUAAAGCAAAAGAAACUUCGACAGGAGACCAUUAUCCUGCAGCUGUUGCUAAGAAAGCAGAAGAAGAUCGUGUGAGCAUCAUAGGAGGGCAUCUAACUGCUGCUUCAGAAGUUUCAGCUGGGAAAACAAUCCAAGCUCCAUCUCGAACACGUCCUCCUAUUACAACCCAUGUUUUGGAUGUUUCUCGAGGAUCGCCAGCUGCUGGAGUCGAGGUAUAUUUAGAGAUUUGGAAAGGUCCUCAUCCUCGUCCAGUAUUUGGUGAAUCAGAUGCAGGUGGGUGGGUAUUUCAGGGUUCUUCAACCACAGAUAAUGAUGGACGAAGUGGUCAACUAAUGAGCAUAGUUGAUGUAGUUAACCCAGGGAUAUACAGGAUAAGUUUCAACACAAGUAAGUAUUGUCCAACUGGGUUCUUUCCAUAUGUUUCUAUUAUCUUUGAGAUCAAGGAGUCACAGAAGCGGGAACAUUUUCAUGUACCCCUGCUACUUUCACCAUUCUCGUUCACUACUUAUCGAGGAAGUUAAAAAUUGUGUGCUGAGGAUGCCAUCGAUGAUAUUUAGUCGUUAAACUUGUUAAUGUUUUCUGAUUUAUAGGCAUGAAAUGAAUUUGAAGGUGCGAGGAAGUUAUAUUAUUGGACAAUAAUUUCAUUGGCAAUAUGAUGUUGGUUUGUAGUUCUACUGAUGUGAAAUAUGUAUCCAUGUAAAUAUUGAAGGAAAAAUAAUGCCUUUGCCUAUCCGUUUCAUUUUAGA